AAAACCAUCAUUUACAUGCAAAGUGCGGGACUGCAGUUCUGAAUUGACCGGAAGUGGAAUACCGAGUAAUGUUAGUGAAAACGAAAAGGCAAGAGAUAAUUUGUUUUCAAAAACAAAAUGGAGCUGCCCAAACCGCCCGAAGACCCAGAAAUGACAAAUAUCAUUGACAAGCUUGCCAACUUUGUGGCUCGCAAUGGACCAGAAUUUGAGCAGAUGACAAAACAGAAGCAGCGGGAUAACUCCAAAUUCGGAUUCCUUUUUGGCGGAGAGUACUUUAACUACUAUCAGUACAAGGUCACCACGGAACAGGCUAUUCUCAAGAAACAACAGAUGCUGGCUGAACAACAACAGAUGGCUAUUGUGCAGCAGCAGCAAGUGGCCUUGCAUGAAGCAGAGAAGAAAGCAGCGCUGCAGCAGCAAAUCACUGGCUUGCAGCAGCAGGUUGCUAGCAUGCAGACACAGAUGGCCGAGCAGAUUAAACAGAGUGAGACCAACCUUUCUGCUCAGUAUCAAAACCUGAUGAGACAACAGCAGAUCCAGAUAGAAGAAGCUAUUUUGACAAAUCGUCAGGAACACCUGAAGCAUCUGGCAGGUGAUUGUGAAGUUAGCUUGGAACAGUUUGAUGAGACAGUGCAGCCAAUAAUCAACUCUUGUACAAAAGAUGCCAUCCUGAAUGGAAAGAACUGGAUAAUGAGUCAUGCCAACACAGACAAGCACUGUGAACUGAUCUCACAAUAUUUCUUAGACAAGACUCUUGGACGUGAAAUCCAAAAGUUGACAAGCAAGGAGGCAUCAUUUUUUCUGCGUCUACAUCUGAUUUACUUGAUGUAUGACAUCAUCCAUCACUGUGUGCGGCGUAACGUUGACAAUCUGAAAGAAAGUCUGGAGAAAGUUGUUGUGCCCAUCUUCUGCACUGCCAGAAUGGGCUGUGAAGAAGAGAAACAACAGGACAAGCUGAACAAGCUGCUAAAACUGUGGGAGAACCAUGCUUACCUAAACAAAGAUACUCUAGAGAAAUUACAAGAUCCUGCUCAAGCAAUAGCUGCUUACCAGGCCAGCCUGAUUACAGAUAAUGCUGAAGUAGUGACGCAGAUCACGGCCAAUAGUCAGCAGCAGUAUGCUGCUCUUGAGAAGCAGCACCAGGACUUCUGUGGCCACCUGAACCUGCAAUUGACAUCCUUGCAGCAACAGCUGGCACUACUGCUAACUCAGGAGAAUCAAGGCCCAUUAAGUCUUGUCUCGCUGGCUGCAGACCUACAGACAGUGGCUUCCACCCAGCCUCCUCCUGUUGCUGUUGUCACACCUCCACAGCUUGUAAUACCUCAGCUUGCCAGUACAAGCUCUCUGGUAUCAUCUGUGGAGCCACCUACCAUUCCAGCUUCCCUGGUCUCACAGGUAACAACUGCAGGCAUUUCACAUCCUGUGCCACCAGCCCAGGUUCUUCCUCUGCAGGCUCCCCAGCCCCAAGUGCUGCCACCACAAGUUAACUUGCCUCCACCACCCUUUUCCCAGCCACCUCCUGGGUUUGAUCCUCAGAUCCCUCCACCCCAGAUUGCAGUGCCAAGCAUUCCUCCCCCACAACAGUUUGAGUAUGGCCAUGGCUAUGGAGCCCCUAGGCCAGCCAUGCAUCCUGCUGACUUCACUCUUCCCGACCUGAGCAAGCCACCGCCAGGGUUCCCUCCCACAGUACCUCAACAUGGUCCAGCUCUCCCACCACCGCCACCUCCUGGUGGCAUGCCGCUGCUUCCCAUGGAUAUGGACUUGACGCCAUCUGUACCCUAUUAUGAUCUACCUGCUGGUCUGAUGGCACCAUUGGUUCGGCUGGAUGAUGUGGACUAUAAACCUCUGGACUCCAGAGACAUUCGCUUGCCACCUCCUAUGCCUCCUAGUGAACGAUUGUUAGCAGCCGUUGAUGCUUUUUAUACUGCUCCCUCCAGAGAGAGGCCCCGAGAUGGUGAAGGAUGGGAAAAACUAGGCUUAUAUGAAUUCUUUAAAGCAAAACAUCGAGCGAAAAAGAACAAAGAGGAAGGAAGAUACUACAGAUCGUCACGAUCACACUCAAGAUCAAGAUCUCGCUCCCGAUCCAGGUCACGUUCCAGGUCCAGAUCUGAAACACCACCUAGAAGACGACGAUUUGACAUUGAAAUGGAAGAAAAGAGACGAGAAAGUGACAGCAGGUCCAGAUCACCAUCCCCAGCAAGGAGAAGAUCAAGGUCAGCAUCCAAGUCCCGAUCUCGGUCAUCUUCAAGAUCACGCUCAAGGUCAAGAUCAAAGUCCCCACUGCCUUACCUGAGGAGCAGUCGUUCACCAUCCCCUCAGCGUCAGCGUGCUGUGUCCAAAGAACGUAGUCCAACUCCUCCUAGUUUCAAUAUGGGAGGUGCAGCUAUGAUGGGCAUGAUGGAAUCACGCCUGGGAGAGACCAACAAGGGCCAUCAGCUGCUCAUGAAAAUGGGCUGGAGUGGCAAAGGCUUAGGAGCAGCAGAACAGGGCAUCGUUGACCCCAUUGAGGCUGCUGAGGUGCGGGACAAGCUGGACAUGCGCAAGGGCAUUGGCAUUGAUCUGAAAGAUCCUUUUGAGCAGUUCCGCAAAAGCAAGGCUGCAGGUUUCAUCCAGCGCAUGAGAGCCAGGGACGAUGGCUCAACCGCAGAACCCCCUCCCACUUCCAAUCGAAAGUCAAAGAGUGAGAAGUAAUGGGCCCAUCUUCUCUUGGCGCAGUAUUUCAAAGUACAUGAAUAUCCCAUGAUUGUCCUUUUGCAUAACACACUGACACUUUGUUCUGUUAUAUUGUAAAGACAUGCUUGAAGUAUGAGUUUGCUUUGAGGAGUAAGUAAAAAUUUGUAAAAUCACUCA